CGAUAAUGCAACAUUUAUUGGAUGCCAACCGCCGUUAAACCUCAUCGAAGAAGAAGAAGUGUUUGGCUCUGCCCACCUACUUGCUUGUUCUGCCCACUAGGAUUCAGACUCUGGUCUAUCUUGGGUUAGUUGUAAAGAUCUUUGACCGCAUCUUAUGGUGCUAGUACGUUAGGUUACUUGGUGAGAGGUAUCAGUAGCUUCAUUAGGCCUGAAUCACUCGCGAUAGGCUACGACGACCAAGAAUGAACAGGAAUUGUCUCUGACAUCUGACGAGGCCUGGGCUGGCCCUCAUCACUGAACUGUUGGCGCUACUGGGCAGAAUCUCCAGCCAUAACUUUGGAUAUCGUUAACAGAUAGCUAGAAGACAUCGAAUUCACCCUUUCCAAGUUCGACAUUGUUGAUUGAUGCCCCCGUCGUUCUGACAGACAACCGACAAUAUGAUACCGAUGAUCCUGACAGUGUACCUAAGUGAUGGGGAACAGGCACUGACCGAGGUGCCCAUCACCCCUGAGACGUCAUGCCGUGACGUGGUCGAGUUCUGCAAGGAGCCUGGCGAGAGCGGCUGCCACCUUGCCGAAGUGUGGCGAGGCAACGAACGAGCAAUCCCCUUUGAGCACAUGAUGUAUGAGCACCUGCAGAAGUGGGGACCCCGAAAACAAGAGGUCAAGUUCUUUCUCCGGCAUGAGGACUCACCCACCGAAAGCAGUGAUCAAGGGAGCCAGCAAUCUCAAGAGCAGGCCAACCGUAGAAGUGGAAGCGGUGGGGAAAAGCACAAUGAGAAUGGGGUGGGGAACCCCCGCGUGGAGCUCACACUCUCGGAGCUGCAGGAGAUGGCCACACGGCAACAGCAGCAGAUCGAGGCCCAGCAACAGAUGCUUGUUGCCAAGGAGCAGCGUCUGCGCUACCUGAAACAGCAAGAGCGGCGGCAGCAGCAGUCGGUGUCUGAGAGUGAGAAGCUGCAGAGGCUCAAGGAGCGCGUGGAGAGCCAGGAGGCCAAGCUUAAGAAGAUCCGUGCCAUGAGGGGCCAGGUGGACUACAGCAAAGUCAUCAACGGCAACCUGUCGGCGGAGAUUGAGCAGGUGAGUGGGCUGUUCCAGGAAAAGCAGGUGGAGCUGCAGUCAGCUGUGCUGCGGGUGGAGCAGCUGAGUCUGCAGCUGGAGGACCUGCGGCGGGGAAAGCUCAACGGCCUGCAGUCCGCGCUGGGAGGACAGGUCACCAGCACUGCAGCCCUGGAGCUGCGCAAACUCUACCAGGAGCUGCAGAUCCGGAACAAGCUGAACCAGGAUCAGAACAGCAAGCUGCAGCAGCAAAAGGAUCUGCUCAACAAACGCAACAUGGAGGUGACCCUCAUGGACAAGCGCAUCGGCGAGCUGCGGGAGCGCCUCUAUAAGAAAAAAGCUGAGGCACGUCAAAAAGAGAACUUACCUCUAAACAGGACCAACGGGCCUCCCUCUCCCCAGCCGGCCCCAGGGACUCUGGGCCGUGUGGCAGCCGUGGGGCCCUACAUUCAGGUCCCUCUGCCAGGUAGACAAGAGGGAGGCUACACUGGACCCCCCGAACCUAUGAAACCCCAGACACUGGGUGUCAAUGCCCCAGCCAAUCAUGCCCGCUCCAAAUCAGGGGCGGACACAGUGCGAAAGCCCCUCGCCCCGUGGAAGGUGUCUGAUUUAGACAUCGUGGUGGACCCACUGCCCCCUUCCCCUCCGGAGGCGCACUCGGGUGGCUCGGACGGCAUGUCCCCGAAUGAGGCUGGCUGGCCCACCCUUGGCAAGGGCAAUGCCUCUCUCAAGCCCCCCGACUGGCCGGAGUCUGGGCCGGACACACAGGGAAAGAUUCCCCCUCCGGGCUCCCCUGCUGCUACCACAGCAGACAAGGUGCUGGACUCCAACAAGAUGACAAUCUCCUCCCCGGUGGCCCCUUCCAAGCCCCAGCCCCCUCCCUACGGCUCCCACCUAACUUCUGCCGGCUCCACCAGCUCUCUGGACCGCCGGCCAGGCCCGCUCCCUAACCCCCCCGGCCCUGUCUGGCCCCGUGUUCCCCCCUCCACCGGCUCCUCCUCCCAGCAGAUCCAGCAGCGCAUAUCGGUGCCCCCCAGCCCGACCUUCCAGCCCAACUCGCCUCUCUUCCCGCCGGGUCUUCCCGGGGAUCGGCCUGACCCUGUCCUGGCCGUGGCUGUGCGCCCCUUCGUCCCAGACAGAGGCUCCCGGCCCCAGUCGCCACGCAAGGGCCCGGCCACCAUGAACUCCAGCUCCAUCUACCACAUGUACCUCCAGCAGGCGGCGCCCAAGAGCUACCCGCUCAAGCCUGCGCUCAAAGCAGUGUACGGGAAGCCCGUUCUCCCCUCCGGCUCCACGCCGCCCUCCCCCCUGCCCUUUAUGCUGACAGGGGGGCCCUUCCCCGGGCUCCAGGGGCCGGCCAGUGAGGACACUGGGGACAGAGAGGGCCCGGACAUAGACGGGGCCCCAGAUACCCCUCCGCCCAAUGUGGAGAAUAUCCCGCGGCCCCUCAGCCCCACCAAGCUCACCCCAAUGGCCCACUCGCCCCUUCGCUACCAAAGCGACGCCGACCUGGAAACUCUGCGCAAGAAGCUGGCGAACGCCCCGCGGCCCCUCAAGAAGCGAAGCUCCAUCACUGAGCCAGAGGGCCCAGCCGGGCCCAACAUCCAGAAGCUGCUCUACCAGCGCUUCAAUACCCUGGCUGGCGGCAUGGAGGGUGGUGGCGCUGGAGCAGGAGGAGCCAGGGCGGGCGGCACACCAUUUUACCAGCCCACCAACCUACCCGACUACCCCGGUGACUCGUUGGCAGACGCCGACAACGGGAACCCGCCAUGUGAGGACCCGCUCCCUCCCCCACCACCAGCCGUGGCAGAGGGGUCGUCCUCAGAGCCCCUGCCGCCGCCUGACGCCAAUGACAACAAGCUGCUGCCCCCGCCACCAGCCCCCGAGGUGCUCAGCCCCCCUGCCCCGGAGGCCUCGGAAGAUACCAACAACAAUAACCUAGGGGGAGUCUCGGUGGCCACCCUGCCUAGCCCUGUGCCUGAGGUCAGCUCUCCAGAGGUGGUUGCCACCACCCCCUCACAGCAAGUGGAGAAGCGUACUAACCUGAAGAAGCCCAACUCGGAGCGGACGGGUCACGGCCUGAGGGUGAAGUUCAACCCCCUGGCGCUGCUGCUGGAUGCCUCACUGGAGGGCGAGUUUGACCUGGUGCAGAGGAUUAUCUACGAGGUGAAGAACCCCAGCACGGCCAAUGACGAGGGCAUAACCCCGCUGCACAACGCAGUGUGCGCCGGACACCACCACAUUGUCAAGUUCCUGCUCGACUUCGGAGUAAACGUCAACGCUGCCGACAGCGACGGCUGGACACCCCUGCACUGUGCAGCCUCCUGUAACAGCGUUCACCUGUGCAAGUUGCUGGUGGAGUCAGGGGCGGCCAUCUUCGCCAGCACCAUCAGCGACGUGGAGACGGCGGCAGACAAGUGUGAAGAGAUGGAGGAGGGCUACAUCCAGUGCUCUCAGUUUCUGUACGGUGUCCAGGAAAAGCUGGGCGUGAUGAACAAGGGGGCGGUGUAUGCGCUGUGGGAGUACGAGGCCCAGAGCCCAGAUGAGCUGUCUUUCGGCGAGGGCGACGCCAUUACCAUCCUGCGGCGGCAAGACGACAGCGAGACCGAGUGGUGGUGGGGCCGCCUGGACCACAGGGAGGGUUAUGUACCCCGCAACCUGCUGGGGCUCUACCCCAGGAUAAAACCUCGUCAGCGCUCCCUGGCUUAGCCCCUCUGCCCCUUCCUUGGGUGAAAAACUGGACUACAGGCAGGCGUGGCUGAAGACUGGCGGAGUGGGGCGGCCUGGUGCUCCCCUACUGCCACAGUUUCCCCCUCCUCCCUGUAACCCUGGCUAUGGGACACCGGACAGUGUUCAACACUGACACACACACACACAGACCCCAGAAAAGACAGGAUCCCUCUGCUACCCCUUUUUGGUCGACCAAACCCCACUCUGCUCUCUCUCACUCUCUCCUUUCAGCUUUAUUUAAAUCCUGGUGUGUGUGUGUGUGUGUGUGUGUGUGUGUGUGUGUGUGUGUGUGUGUGUGUGUGUGUGUGUGUGUGUGUGUGUGUGUGUGUGUGUGUGUGUGUGUGUGUGUGUGUGUGUGUGUGUGUGUGUGUGUGAGAAAAGCUGGAGCACAAGGUUCAGUGGAGAAUCAAGCACUAACCAGUAGUGGGGUUUUUUGGACACUGCUCAGUCAUUCAGCGGACAGGACAUUCACCCCUAGUGCUUACCUCUGACGGUUGAUGAUGUGUGUCUGUCUGGAGAGGGUAAUGUGUGUUUUGUGGUUUCAGUGUGUGUGUGAAUAGUUUAGAGGGCUUUGUGUGUUUGGAAAGUGUGUGUGUUUAAGGACUAGAGAGAGGGGGCUUGUGUGUGUGAUAUGUGGAUGGUGUAUGUGUACCAGUGUUAAUUUAGUCAAUAACUGACGAAAAAUAUUAGUCAACCUAUUUUUCCUGAUGAAAACUAAUGAUGAUAACGAGAUGCCAUGAAAAAAACAAUAACUAACAAUUUUGUUUUCUUUUUAGUUGACGAAAACGUGACUAGACGAGAAUUCCACGUGUGACUAAUGAACAUUCAAUUUGACAUGAAGCUCCCUUUAGUCUGUUUUGUCCAGUCAUAAACAUGCAUGCCUUUGCAGAAUAUUGAAUGCAAUCCUCUCAUUGGCUAAAUUAACGUCAUUUCAGUUGCAGGGUCUGAUUGAGCUGAUCGCCCGGCUCUCCCACACAGCUCCCGGCGGUCACUUCAUUAACUUGUGUAUCUUUUGAACUGAUGCUCAGGACACAUCAAUUGUAACUAACCUAAACUAGAAACAAUGUAGGCUAUUUUUGCUUUGAUGCUGCACUCGCGGCCCACUAAUACGAGUGCAGUUUCUUUUAUUGAAAAUAUGAAUGCGAUUUGCUUAAUAUUAUGAGUACAGUAAUAUUUCUGGCAUUGUUGGAAAACUCAGAUUCCCCCCCUUCAAGGGAGUCAAUGUUAUUUAUCCCCAUCCCAAGUUUAUGAUGGGAGAAAAAGCUGCCUAGUUGGACAAGGCUAUCUUAAUGUGCACAUGAUGACUGAAAGAUUAUGUAUGAUGAGUCUAACAGGUCAAGAAUGUGUGUUUGCUGUGAAGAGGGGUGAGAGUUUGAGGUCUGUACAAGGGUGCGCCAGAUAUUCUGAAUGUUAUGUACAAUCAUAACAGGGAUUUUGAAUUUCCCUCUAUCGAUAUGAACAAAGAGUACCUAUAUCAAUUCUGUAGGUCGCUUGCUAAGUCGUUUCCGAAUUAGCCGUAAUUUUUUAACUGUCCUAACUUACUUUUCCAUCAUAGCUUCUUUCCCUUUUCAAAUGAUAGGGAUUCUUUAGGGAUUUGACAAUGCCCUUCCACAUGAUAAAACUUUAAGGCCUACUUAGGUUAUUUUCCCAAAGUAAAAAACAUAUGUUCCUGGAUUUCAGUCCCAGGUAUAGCACUCCUCAUUAGUAAAGUGUGUUGGAUUGAAAUUUCCCCAAAAAAUUAUCUUCAAGGAAUGAAGCAUUCAUCCCCUAAUUUUCUUGUGCUGUCAGGGCCAUGCUAUCAUAACAUACCCUUUUUAACUAUUUACAAUUUGUCACGUUAAGUGCCCUGCUUUAGUUAUAGAAGUUAUCAGCAAAAACUAACUUUAUUUUACCAAAAACGUUUAAAGCUUCACUCAACUUGUCAGCUCCUCCAAAGAGGUGUGUCCAACCAUUGCCAAUGUAGAUUGAGAUUUGUGAAAGUGGUGUAUGUGAUGAACAGGGAUGCAGUGUCCUAUGCGUUUGCUUUCAUGCAGUGAAGGAACCCUCCUGUGUGUGCGUGUGUGUGUGCGUGUGUGUGUGUGUGUGUGUGUGUGAGAGAGAGAUGCGUCAGGUCUCACUCACCAUAGAGCCAUGAUCAGGGGGGUCCUCACCACUUCACUUUAGGCGCGUGUGAAAGUGUUUUAAUUGAGCACUUGAUCAAACCCAUGCUCUUACAAAUCCGAUAGGUGUGGCCAUUCAAGCAGAAUGACAUUUACAUAACACUAAGGUAUUCUUUUGUUGUAUUACCCCUACUUUCCGCCUGACCUUGUUUCCAGUUCUGUGAGAUGAGAUUUGUACCUUGCCCGGCAAGGCAGGAAAAGAGCUUUACCCUAAUAAUCUCUGUAAAUACUGAGAUGAGUAUGUUUGACUGUCUGCUGUAUGAAGACUCAUUGACUUGUGGGGGUUCUGUAAGCAUUAAGGAUGCAGUACUUACACAUUCUGUUCUGUAAAUGUGCACAAUAAAAACAAUUCCCCGCAUGACAAA